AUGAGCCUGGUGCUCAGAAACCUGCAGCGCGCCGUGCCCGUCAGGAGGGGGCGCCUUCGCAGGAGGAUGGAGACCGUGAGGCGCAUCCUCGGGGUGCAGAAGUUCGACCUGGGGAUCGUCUGCGUCGACAACAGGAGUAUUCAGCGCAUCAACAGAAUCUACAGAGAGAAGAACAUCCCAACUGAUGUGCUUUCCUUUCCAUUUCAUGAGAAUAUAAAAGCGGGGGAACUUCCCCAGCCUGAUUUUCAAGAUGACUACAAUUUGGGGGACAUUUUCCUAGGAGUGGAGUAUAUCUUCCAGCAGUGCGAAGGGGACGAGGACUACUAUGACGUCCUUACUGUGACUGCCACCCAUGGGCUCUGUCACCUGCUGGGCUUCACACACAGCACAGAGGCUGAGUGGCAGAAGAUGUACCAGAAGGAGAAGCAGGUUCUCGAGGAGCUGAGCCGGCACACUGGAACCAGGCUCCAGCCUCUGAGCAGAGGCCUCUUCUGA